CGCUUUGUUCUUCUCCCUCCUCUUUCUUCCAACAGAUAAAGAAUCCUCUCCCACAAUGCCUUCUGUGACCACGGUAUAAGGAACACUCUCGCACCCACGCUGUUGCGCUCGCAGUACCGUGUCUCAAAUUCCCAAACCGAGUAGCACACUCAGCCCUGCGAUCUUUACCUGAACCACAACACGACACACUCGAGCUAGUUCCGGUUAACAGCUUGAGAGAAAUCAUCUCCGCCUCCCACUUUCUCCCGACGAAGAAAAAGACCAACAUGCAUCUCCACGCUGUGCACCGCAGCGACUACUACUCCGUCCCGAAGGAGCUCUACCAGUCCUCAAUCUUGACUCGCGACAUGCCCAAGACGGGCGAAGGCAAGGAAGAACCCACCUGGAAAAUCCUCGGAAAAGUCCUCAUCGCACUCGCAGUAAUUUUCAGCCUCAUCGCAGUCGUCUCUUACAUCUACAGCAAGAUUCGAGCUCGUCGCUUGAGUCGCAGAGUCCGAGGACAAAUGGCGCACCUCGAAUCCGGAUCGCUUCGCAAGAUGCAGAAUCCACGAACAGCGGCCAAGCAGAAGCCUGUGCAGUCAGCCUUUGUUGGACAGAAACUCCCGCAUCCAGAUGAUUAUGAUCUGGGCAACCAGCGUACUCCACAAUCCUACGAUAUGGGAGUGAUCACCAAGCCUGGUGCCAGUCACGCACGGCAAUGGGCAAGACCGAGACAUGCUGAGAUGGACACUGGCUUCGAGAAGGCACCGGUCAGAGGUAGUGUGAUUGAAGUUCCGGCUGGCGUCCAGCGACAGGAGCAUCCUGAGCGUUCGCGUGCGCGGGACAGCUGGGAGAAGUUUUGAGGUGCCGCUGACAGAGUAGUGUGAGCAAAGACAUUGCCCGAUUCGAAAUUUAGAUGUGAACGAUAAUGUAGGUCCUGGUGACUUGCAGCAAUGAAUAAUGAUUACUCUUCUUCAAACCUUUAGAAACUCUCCAGACAUGUUUCUCCUCUCUGAUAGUUCUGUGUAGUCGAUUGUGUAUCCCGUGAGGAUACCUGCGCCAUGUAAGCCGACCACUCGAGGUCAGUAUCUCGUGGCGAGUUCUGGAUGGUCCUCUAAUCGGCCCAUUUCAGCUUGAGCUGACGUCCAACUUGACUUCGUGAUCGGCAGGCUGUGUAACACUUGCGAUCAGCGUGCUUGAUGCAGAAUGCCUC